AUGAGUGCCCCCAGCGCGUCAUCUCCGAUAACGGCACGCAGUUUACCUCGCGACCCUUCCGACGGCUCCUCGCGGAUCUCGGGGUUGAGCACCGAACUUCCCCGGUUACGUCGGAGACCGCCACCGCGACUGGGACCAGCACUGCAAUUUGCGCUAAACACGGCGACGCAUGCGGCCACCGGAUACUCGCCCGCCUUCCUUGUGCAUGGUCGAGAAUUGGCGCGGCCCCACCCCGAGGUCCGCCGACAGCCGGAGGAGCUGCGCCCGGAGGACAGACACCGGGCUCUGCGAGACGCCUAUGAAGUAGCCAGGGUGCACCUCGCCCGAGCAUACCAGGCGCAAGAACACCAUUAUAACCUGCGACGGCGCGAGUGGCGACCGAAGGUCGGGGAAAAAGUAUGGAAACGCGACCGACCGCUGUCCAACCGAGAAAACGCGUUUAACGCCAAGCUGGCGCCAAAGUUCCGUGGCCCAAUGGAGGUUCGACGCAUCCACAGUCCCGUGGUGGUGGACCUGAGGGAUGCCCACGGAAAGUGGCACCGCCACAUACACGUCCAGAACCUCAAGCCGGACCAACGGGAGGACACCGGCGAAACAGAGGGAGAGACCGACACCGACGGAGAGGAGGACGCCGACUCAGACAAAGAAGAAACACCGGCCGACGAGUGA